AUGAAUACCUGUAUCUUCGCCCAUCAAACAUGGAACACGUACUCGCGUGCCUCGAUUACCGUGGAAGCGUCGACAGGAGUCCUCACGAUCAAAAAUAACGGCGCAACCAACAACAUCCACCCACUCCCAGAUGGAGUCUCAACGCCCAGCGGGACUCAAUUCCCACCAAACCUCAACCUAGUCACCUGGGACAGUCAUACUGACCCAGAGAACCUGCAGAACUGGCCGCGACGCAAGAAGCUGACCCGGUCCGCGGCGCCGCUGGCCGUGAUUUUCAGCAUCUCCUUCGCAUCCAGCAUCCUCGGCACCUCGUCGAGCGUCACAGCACACGAGUACGGGGUAUCUGCGGAGGUAAUGAGUCUUGGAGUGGCACUAUUCGUAGCCGGGUUCCCGGUAGGCCCGCUGGCGCUGGCGCACGUGGCGACGAUCUUAGUAUGUCGAUUCCUGGCAGACAUGCUGGGCAGCGGCGGGCUGGCGGUGGAAUCGGGGAUUCUAGCCGACAUCUUUGUCCCGAUCACGCGCGGCGUCGCCGUCGGCAUGUCGGCCACCAUCAUGAACUUCGGCAGCAUCAUCGGCCCCAUCGCUGGCGCGUACCUCGUUGCCCGCUACGGCUGGAGUUGGACCGCGUGGGUAACGUUGAUUCUGUGUGGUGCUGUCGGCCUGCUCUGCGUCGCACUCCUGCGCGAGUCUUCACAUAACCGGAUCCUGAUGCGCCGCGCGGCACGCCUCCGCCGCGAGACGGGCAAUCCGGCGCUGCGGGCUCGCGCCGAGAUGGGCUUCGCUGGACCCGCGCGUUUUGCUGCGCAAGUACUGCACCAAGCCCGUGCGCAUGUUCUUAAGCCUACGGCGAUACUGCCGUUCAUUGCCGUUGGACUGGGCGUGCUCACGGCGCUGGGCCUAUUCUCGCUCUUCACGAUGACUUGGUACAAGCGGCGGUGGAUGGCAGCGCAGAAAGCCAGCGAGGGCGAGUCGACGGCGGCGCGCAUCGCCCCAGAAGAUCGACUGCCGCCGAUGAUGCUAGGUGCAGUGCUGCUUCCGCCGGCGCUGCUAUGGUUCGGAUGGGCGGGCCACGCGCACUGGGCGGCGCAGGUGGUCGCAUGUUAUGUGAUCGGGCUGGUGCUGCAGAUCAUCUUCAUCAGCGGCAUCGUGUACAUUGUCGAUGUGUACCUGCUCAACACGAUGUCAGCUAUCUCGAUCCAUGUGAUGGUGAGAAGUGUGGUCUCCGCGACUUUCCCGCUGUUCGAGGAUCCCAUGUACCAGACGCUGCAUAUCAACUGGUCUGCCACGCUGCUGGCUCUUUUGUCGGCGGCGAUCGUGAUAUCGCCCGUCUUGUUGAGAAUCUACGGGUCUCGCAUUCGGAGCUGGAGUCGGUUUUUCGUCGGUGGCAUAUAG